CGUACACAAACGCUCAGCUGAUGACGUGUACACUCUACCACCGUUAGCUGGCUAGCUAGCUAGCCCAGACACCUGUCAGAAUAAUAACGGUGUUAUAUGAGAAUAAAGCAAAGUUACAACACAUAAAGAAACACGGAGGAAACUCCAACAAAUCGCGGAAGAUGGAGGCGCUUUACCAUCAGACAAACAAAAAAAUCCAGGAGGUUCAGUCUUAUAUGGGAAAUCUGGAGAGGACGGAUCGUCAGUCAGUCCACUUGUUAGAGAAUGAGCUACAGGCUAGAACCGACCAGAUCUUCAAUCAUCUUGAACGCCUGGAGAUCCUGGCCAGCAAGGAGCCACCAAACCGCCGCCAGAACGCCAAAUUGCGAGUGGACCAGCUGAAGUAUGAUGUCCAGCACCUUCGCACCGCCCUGCAAAACUUCCAGCAGCGACGCCACGCCAGAGAGGCCCAGGAUCGAGACCGGGAGGAGCUCAUGAGCCGCACCUUCACCACCAAUGACGCAGAUACCUCCAUCCCCAUAGAUGAGACCCUACAGUUAAACUCCAACUUGCAAAACGCACACAGAGGCAUGGACGACCUCCUGGGCAGUGGCAGUAGCAUGCUCAACAGUAUUAGAGACCAGAGAUCUACACUGAAGGGGACCCAUAAGAAGAUGCUGGAUGUGGCCAACAUGCUGGGCCUGUCUAACACAGUGAUGAGACUGAUAGAGAGGAGAGCCACCCAGGAUAAGCUCAUCAUGGUUGGAGGCAUGCUGCUGACCUGCGUCUUUAUGUUCCUGGUGAUCAGAUACCUGGGCUGACCCCCGUCCAAUCACAGCGGGCGUUUUUUGAUCUGUCGUGGACAUUUCUGCAUGACAUCAUCCCUCAUGAUAUGAAAGAACUUAAUUUUUAUUAGAUUUAACUACAUUUCUUGAAAUAAAUUGUGCCAUUAGUUUUUUUUCCACCAUCUAAAUGAUUAUUGGCACAUGAGGAACAGUGAAGCCCUUGAUUACAUUCAGUAUUUUAUUCCACUUGAAGCUCCAAACGAGCAUUGAACUCUGUCUCAAAUCUAUUGUUUGUAUCCAAACCACUCCGAUGCUGUCAAUCACUCUUGUGAAUGGACCCCAAAUGGCUUUUUCUAAAGAAUUCACUGAUCUUCGCUCAACUUGCUCUCCUCUCCAGUGAAAAGCUCCUGAAUCUGUCUGUAAUGUUAUUCUGCCUUCGUAGAAAUACAUACAAUUCUCCAUGUUCAUUAUAAGGCAUCUCCAGAGUAAUCCCUAAAGAUGUUUUUGUUUUAAAUAACAGGGUUGCAACAACAAUCUGCAAUGUAAGCUGCAGUUAAUUUGUUAUUGUUUAUAUAGUUUCUCUAGGAUGUAACCUUGGGUCAAAUCUCACUAUGUGAGUGAUUUAAUUCUCUUAAUAAAACAAAACAUGUUUCAUUACA